AUGGCCACGGCUGAUGGCGCAACAAGGCCCAAUGAACAGGGAAGAUUUGUUGUGGACCUGUCGCGCUUCGGGAGCCCCAUCCGGCUCGACAUUACGGGGUUUGCAGAGAAGGUGCGUAGCGACAAAUGGCUGCUACUAGCAGCUUGCGUCCUCAUUGACUUCAUUGGAAUGGCCAGCUAUCUUGUUCUUAUCCUCGGAGAGGUGACUGACAUCAUGUGGGCACCAUUUGCUGGCUUCCUCUUGCAGUAUCUCUUCGGAAGCUGGCUUGUCUCUUCGCUGGGUGCACUCGAAGAGUUCCUCCCAUUCACAGACAUCCUGCCAACUGCGACUCUCGCAUGGGCGAUCUGUCAUUUGGAAUGCCUUAGAUUCCUUCGACUGCUUCUAGGGGUACAGCGGCACACGCCGACGAUCGAAGCGAUUCAUGAUGACUGA